AUGGAUUGGCUCCGGCUCUUCUUCCUCCAUCCCGUCUUGCUUUAUCAGGGGGCCGCUUUCCCCUUUGCACUGCUGUUUAAUUAUCUCUGCGGCAUGGAUUCCUUUUCCACCUGGGCCAGGUACCUCUUUCUCCUGGCUGGAGGAGGUGUCCUGGCUGUGGCUGCCAUGGGGCCCUAUGCUUUGCUCAUCUUCAUCCCUACUCUCUGCACGGUGGCUCUGGUCUCCUCCCGCGGUCCACAGGAAGUCCACAGGCUGACCUUCUUCUUUCAGAUGGGCUGGCAGACCCUGUGCCACCUGGGUCUUCACUACACCGAAUACUACCUACAAGAGCCUCCACCUGUGAGGUUCUACAUCACUCUUUCUUCUCUCAUGCUCUUGACCCAGAGAGUCACGUCGCUCUCACUGGACAUUCGUGAGGGGAAAGUGGAGGGAGCGUUGGGCGGCAUCAGGAAUAGGAGUUCUUUGUCUGAGUGCCUCAGCGAGACUCUACCCUAUUUCAGCUACUUGCUCUUUUUCCCUGCCCUCCUGGGAGGCCCCCUGUGUUCUUUUCAGAGAUUUCAGGCUUGUGUUGAAAGGCCAAGCUCUUCGUAUCCCAGUAUCUCAUUCUGGGCUCUGACCUGGAGGGGCGUGCAGAUUGUGGGUCUGGAAUGCCUCAAGGUGGUGCUGAGGAGGGCGGUGAGUGCAGGAGCCGGGCUGGAUGAGUGUCAGCAGCUGGAGUGCAUCUACGUCAUGUGGUCCACAGCUGGGCUCUUCAAACUCACCUACUACUCCCACUGGAUCCUGGACGACUCUCUCCUCCAGGCGGCGGGCUUUGGGUCUGAGGCUGGCCAGAGGUCUGGGGAGGAGGGAUACAUCCCCGACGUGGACAUGUGGACCCUGGAAACCACCCACAGGAUCUCCCUGUUCGCGAGGCAGUGGAACCGGAGCACGGCCCGGUGGCUCCGGCGGCUGGUCUUCCAGAACAGCCAGCGCUGGCCGGUGCUGCAGACUUUUGCCUUCUCCGCCUGGUGGCAUGGGCUCCACCCCGGGCAGGUGUUUGGCUUCCUGUGCUGGUCUGUCAUGGUGGAAGCCGAUUACCGGAUUCACACUUUUGCCAAUGUAUCGAUCAGCUCCCGGCCCCUGCGGCUGCUCUAUAGAGCCCUCACCUGGGCCCAGACCCAGCUCAUCAUUGCCUAUGUUAUGCUGGCGGUGGAGGGCCGGAGUCUUUCCUCUCUAGGCCGGCUGUGUUGUUCUUACAACAGUAUCUUCCCCGGGGUGUACUGUGUUUUGCUUUUUCUAUUAGCGAAGAGAAAACAGAAAUGUAACUGA